CCCAAAGAACCAUACCCAGGACUUGAAAACUUUAUACAAUCUCUUCUUUCUACAUCAUAUCUAUUCUUCUAUUAUAUAGUUCAGGUCCCUCUUGUCGCCUUCAUACACUCUGCUCCGGCCCUUCUUGAUCAUCUCAAGCAAUACCAAGUCUUUCUUGACUUACUCCGUUUGAAUCAGUCUAAGCAGCAGAACCUACCAGUCUUGCUUUGAGAGCAGGACUGAUCUGAACUGGCAAAUGGCCCUUACAGCUCAAUCUUCAGACGCUCCCAACUGGGGACGCUGGUCGCAACAACUUCCGGGCGACUAUACUAUGAUGGCAUCUCCACACAUGCUUCCUUUUGACUCUCGAGCCACCACUACUGGUCCUCUCCAACGACCUGUCAUGGCACCUUACAUGGUUCAGCCACCCUACAGUUCAGGUCCAGUGAACAGCCUCACAGCACCUCACUACCAGGUUCCCAAUCCCUACCAAUUUGGAGGAUAUCAAGGCCCGCCUACGCCUCCGCACCACUCAACGCCUUUCAAAAUGGAAUACAAUGAUCGCCGACCUAUGGGACAUGAUAACGACCACGGCCGAAUGCCCUCUUAUUCUCGGGAGAUGAAGUACACAUAUGCCGAACAAGCACCUUCCCCGGCACGGAGCGAUUCACAAGCCUCGACUGUCAGAUCCUCGGGCACCAACCCAUCUAUGGGCUCAAAGACUAUCACCUCCAACGAAACUCUCAACCCUGGUGAUCAGAUCAACUUCGAAACAGAAGUGGAUGAGCUGAUGAAAGCCAUCCAACGCAAGGUAGACCUGCAAGUCGAUACAGUACAGCAGCCACUCACUCCUGGAAUGUCUCCUGUCUCCGAAGCAAGCUUUGAAAGUCAAGGAACACCAGGUCCUAUGGAUAGCAAGACAGCUCGAAAGAGAUAUCGCUGUGAUGGCCCCAAUUGCCAGAAGAGUUUCACCCAAAAGACCCAUCUCGACAUUCAUCGCAGGACACACACUGGCAUCAAGCCAUACAACUGUGACUUUCCUGGCUGCGACCUGACCUUCUCUCAACUUGGCAACCUCAAGACUCACAGACGUCGUCACACUGGCGAACGCCCGUUUGCUUGCGACAAGUGUGAUCGCCACUUUGCUCAACGUGGCAACCUUCGCGCCCAUCUACAGACUCACCAAGGCCUCAAGCCCUUCAUUUGCAUUCUCGACGAUUGUAACAAGACAUUCUCACAACUUGGAAACAUGAAGACACACCAAAAUAACUUCCACAAGAAGACGCUCAAGAAGCUUACAAUGAAGUUCGCCAAUAUCAUUGCCUCGGGCGAGGAAGUCUCCGAAGCCGAUCGCGAGCUUUUCGAAUACUUCGCCGCGCACUACAAGAACAGCAACAAAGGGAUCAAGGGUAGAGGAAAAGCCCGCACGGUUGCUGACCGCAAAGCCAAGACAACCCAGUCUCCUCCUGCCAACACCAUGACAGCUGUGCCCCAAUAUCCUCUUCCUCAAAUUGCCCCAACACCAGUGACUCCUCACGGACUCCCUGUAUCGGGCAGCCUCGCUUCUUACAGUGUGACUCGAGGCCAGCCCGGUCCUAUCAACCACAUGUCUCGCCAGACUCACACUGGUGGCUAUGAGGUGUAUGACAUACAAGGUCAUCACCACAUCCAGCCACCGAACAACAACGGCAUGUUAUAUGAGACCGGUAGCACGCGCGAAAUGGGCUACCAUGGGCGCAUGUACUGAGAACUCAUCGUUCGUAUCAUGAGACGGAGCUACCGCACAACUUGAAUAUGACUCGGCAGCGUCACGCAUUUCAUUUCACCAAAUUUUAUAACAGUACUACCAUACGGGAGGCACAACAGCGGUUUUAUUUUUGAGAAAGAAAAAAGCAGAAUUUACAGAAGCGGGUGUUUUAAAAGGAGUUGAAAAAUUGGACUCUUCUAGAGGCCACAACGAAGCGGUUGAUUUUCUUUGGGUGGUUGUCUGAACACAAUGAUGCA